GAAAGGAGCGCAUUUUGCACGUAGCACGUAAAAGAAAUGAAUAUAUUAAGGCAAAUUCUUCCCCUUUCACAACAACUAUCGAAAUGUUUAACCACAGUACCACAGCAAGCGUAUUCACUUGUCCAAAGGAAUGUAUUUUCCCCGCCGGCAUCGGUACGGGCUCUUUCCACAACAUUGCCGCGGGCUGAACUGAUGGAGUUUUUCGACGACAAGAAAAACUGGGGCGAACAGGAGGUAAAGCAUGGUCGCGGCUGGACAAAAGACGAUCUGCGGAUCAAAUCGAACGGCGAUCUGCACAAGCUGUGGUUUGUGCUGUUGAAGGAGCGCAACAUGCUGCUUACGAUGGAACACGAGUGCAAGGACAAAAUGGAACUAUUCCCCAGCCCGGAACGGUUAGACAAGGUGAAAGAAUCGAUGGAUAAUCUGGAAGAGGUGGUUCGGGAGCGCAAUCGUGCCUACUACGAGCUCGAAACCGGUCAGACGGGUGAACGGCCUGGAAAAGUUGUUCCGAACGAGCUCGGCAUACGGUUCUACUACCGUGCGUUUGAGCACGUCAUUCCCAAGUUCGGCAACAGCAAGUGGAACGAACGGCACAAGUUUUCGCCCGGUGGAACGGCCGUGCGAAAGUUUUUGCGCCUGUACCGUGAGCGAUUGUACAACGAGAAGCGUAAGCUGCGGAAUCGGGAACGGAACGAGGUGGUCCAACUAUUGCGCCGGUUUCCUAACAUCGAUCGUGAAACGCUUGCCCAGCGGUUCCCAACGGUGGAUGUGGAGAAGCUGUACAAGCUGGAUAAGAUUCGGAUGAAUCAGACCGUAAAGAGUAGCUCGUAGGU